UAUUCCAUACAUUUGGCAAAACACUAUUUUGAUCUCAAGGAUCAUCUAUCGAAUCAAAGCAAUGACGUUGGUCGAAUCGAAACACGAUUUUGAGAUGACGGAGAAGUCGAUGGAAAAUGAUGACGAUAUUAAGGAUGCCAUUUUUAACAAUGUUCCCAUCACUUUCAUUGAAGCUUUUGUGCUCAAAAAUCCAGGCGACUUCAGUAUGUCGAAAUCACUGGAUGGUGCCUAUUAUCUUUCAAUUGUUCCUGGAAAUAAUAAGAUGAAAAAGGAAACUUCUCGUGCCAUUCAUCUUCGUAUUGAUCAUUCUGAAAAUGAAUACGCUAUUCAAGGAAUGUUGUUUGCCCGUUCUCAGACACUUGAACAAUUGGUCUAUCAUCUCAAGAAUGACUUUACCGACAUUCUUGGUGGUGUACUGGAUGAGAACAUUUCAAUGAACCGUCUUCUUGGACUUUCUUCGACAAAUGUGCACAACAUUUGCAAGACAGGAAAAAGAAUCAAAGAUAAGAAAAUUCAAUCGCAGGAUUUCUUUCAUUUGGUUUAUACUGGAGAAAUGAAGUUUGCGGAUGGAAAGAUCAAGAAAGCAUUGUUCGAAGAACUUCAUAACCCGACUAUUUCAGACCUCAAAGUGUUCUAUGAGAAUCUUGUCGAGGGAAAAGCAUUGGCAGCGAGAAACCUUCCAAUUCGUCUUCCAAUUGGAGCUAUUCUCAACCCACCAACAUUGAUUUAUGAGCAUCAAGAAAAUCAAGUUGGAUGUUCAUUGAAAGAUUUCUUGAAGAACUUUGAUACUCAUUUGGAUUUGGCACAAAGAAUCAAGUUGUGCUCUGCUGCUGUCCGUAUCUUAUCGGAGCUUCAUCGUUUUGAUAUCUAUCAUGGAGCUUCAAAAGUGGAUAACUUUUAUGUUUUGGGCUACAAAAAUGAAAAAACAAUGAACUAUGAGUUGGUGUUCAAUGGUGCUAGCGGAUUGCUCUAUGAAGGAAAAUCGGAUAACACUGUGACAAUGGUUGAUUAUGAUUCGAAUGCUCCAGAAGUUGCCUUCACUCGUAAACUUUCAAAGGAAAGCGGCGUUUUCACUUUGGGACGUCUCUUCGAGCAAAUUCUCGAGUCUGAAAUUCUCAAGUCUUACAGUGAGCCACCACAAGAAGAGCCUCGUGUUCUGAAUGACAUGCGUCGCUUGAUUGGCCGUGCCACACGUGCAAAUCCUUCGCAAAGACCAACCAUGAAUGGGAUUGUCAUGCUGAUUCGGGAGCUUCUCAUGGCGCUUCCAAAAUCAACUUCUCCAAUUAAUGUUGUACAUUAUGAUCAAUUCCAGCGCAAAUAAGAACUUACGGAAGAAUAUGAGUAUUUCGAUAAUUUUAGUAUAGAUUUUAUGAAGGAAAUGAAUAUUGAAAGACUUGAUUUA